UUUUUGUCGAUUCGAAAGUCCGCAUUAUUAAAGUUUGACCCAUUGGACUUGCCAUACACCGUCGGCUGACGCGUUGACGCAGGAGCCAAUCAUGUUGCAGCGGGGUGUGUCUUGCCAAGAACGCGAGUAGGAUUCUAAUAACGCAUCUCCGCGCUUGUGUUCUUCUUUUUUUUUUUUUUUUUUUUAUUUCUUUUUUUUUUCCUCCCACGAAACGACCCCACGCGGUUCACUAAACCCUUCUGGAUUAGUACGGACUAAACCCAAGACGUCCUUCACUACUUUACUGUACUAAAAUAUAAUUUUUGAAAUCUAGGCCUUGGGUAAACUCUUGUCGGUGCAUCUUGAAGCUUGAAUGUUCGGCUUAGUUUACCUUGCUAACAAAGAGACGCGUUUGUAAUCGGCACAUCGCUACGCAGAGAUCCGGUGUUGCGAGUGUCGUGUGCAAAAUGUGCGCGAGAAAGACGGCAAAAUUCGAGGAGGAACUUUGUGGACGAAAAGAGGAGAACGAGCCCCAAUUUAAAACUCUGGCUGUUUGCAAGCAGACUCGAGUUGGCUCACAAGCAGCAGACAUCAGUGAAGAUCUUCGUCCUCAGCGGCAGGACCCAGCGCCCCCCCACAUUAAAGAGGAGUUAGAGGAUGAAGUGUCCUCCCACAUUAAAGAGGAAAAGGAAUUGGAGCUCCCUUACAUUAAAAAAGAGGCGACUGAGGUCCCCAACAUUAAAAAGGAAGAGGAGGAGGAGGAUAUCACCAAGUUGGCAUCAGCUAGUGUUCCUUUCAAGAGUGAAGAUGGUCAAAGUGAACAGCACAGAGGUCCAAGCAGCAGCUCCAGUCAACACAUGAAAACAGAAGGUGAUGGAGAAAACUAUGGAGGAUCACAAGGACACGGCCUCUUAGCUCCACUAUCAAAUCGUAACAACACGUCACACUCUCCUCACAACGAUGAUGAUAAAGACUCUAAAGGUGAUAUGACAUGUCACACUAACAAAAAUUGCUGGAAAUGUUUACAGUGUGGGAAAACCUUUGCUCAUAAGAGCGAUGUAAAACGGCACAGGAGAAUACACACUGGAGAAAAACCUUUUCCUUGCACCAUUUGUGGCCAACGAUUCACUCAGAGCGGGGCCUUAAAAAUACACACACGGAAACACACUGGUGAGAAACCUUUUGUCUGCUCAGUCUGCGGUAAACGAUUCUCUGUAAAGGGAAACUUGACAAUACACACGAGAAUACACUCUGGUGAAAUACCCUUUGCCUGUUCAGUUUGUGGAAAAAGAUUCAAUACAAAGGAAUAUUUAAAAAUUCACACAAGAACGCACACUGGAGAGAAACCUUUUGCUUGUUCAGUGUGUGGCCAAAAAUUUGCUCGGAAAGGAACCUUAAAAAUACACACAAGAAAACACACUGGUGAGAAACCUUUUCCCUGUUCAGUUUGUGGCCAAAGAUUUACUCAGAAAGGGACCUUAAAAAUACACACAAGAAAACACACACAUGAAUUACCUUUUGCCUGCUCAGUUUGUGCUGAAAGAUUCUCUCAUAAGGAAGAUUUAAAAACACAUGCAACAAAACACCAGAGCUGUCAAAUGUUACGGAUCGUCCAUAUUGUGGUACGGAAACCACUGAAUGCCAACUCCAACUCGUUAGGCCCGUAACGCUAACGGUUCUGGAUAUUGAAAACAAAAUCCAGCGUCCGUCAUAAACGGCCAGUAUGGCAGUGUGUCGGGUCACCAUAUAAAGAUAAAAAAGUAUUGGACCUAAAAUUGCCCCUGGGGCACCCCACAUUUAAUUUCAUGUGUUCCAGAGGAACAUGUAUCCAUACUUACAAAAAAUGAUCCUAGAGAUAAGACCUGAACCAGUUAGAAACCGUACCAGGGAGCCCCGUCAGGUUUCUGAGUUUGUUUCAUAAAAUGUGAUCUACUGUCUGCAUUACACUUGGUUUAAUUUAAAAUCUUUAAAGGGCUGUCUCUGUGCUGUGGUUCAUCCUAAAACUGGAUUGAUAGUUGUCAAAAAUAUUCUUUCUGUCAAAUUGUUGAGAAUAAGCACUCAUGCUAAAAUGAAGCAAUACCGCUGCUUUGUCCAUGUUUUUUUUUGUUUUGUUUGUUUUUUUGUGAUGUGCAUAUCAAAUAAGCAAACGAUGGAUUGAAGUAGUGAAGAAACAUCGACUCUUUGGGAUAAGGUGGACAACCGCUUGUGAUCCUGACUAAAAUGGACAUACAUUUUGUAAUUUAUUAUGUAACUAUAUCACAUACUGUACAGUUUCUCGUCAAUGUAUUGGUGGUAUUUAUUUUUGCUGUUUGCUGCCAGGUCGGAAUUGCAAAAUGAGAAUCUGUUCUCAAUGAACAAAAACAAACUUCAUCAAAAUAAAUACAAAAGAGGAAAAUAAUGUACAGGAAACAGCUGAUAGUAUCUUAUAUAUCAAGGAAGGAGCUUCGAAGAUAAUAACACAGAUGAUUAUUGAUAUGGUUAGUUUUUUUUUUUUUUUUUUUACUGAAUAUUGUAUUAUCUUAUGUGUAAAUAAAAGUCUCACAAGUGAUUCAAAGUUUUUUUUGUUUUUUUCCGUAAUUUACUCCAACGACAUGCUCGGGUAACAAUCACUUCACGUCAAUGAAGAAAGCUUUUACGCCAGCUCGUGUUAUCAGUACAUCUUCCCCCUUCAUGACGACAAACAUAUACAACAGAGACUGUCAGAGG